AUGCUUCCACGUUCUUUAUUAGCCCUUUGGCUCGCAAAGCUCUCGUUGCCUGCAGCGUAUGCUCAAGUGAAGCCUGGAUCGUUUGUAGAUGGGGGGAAUACACUAGUCAGCGCGAUGAUGAUGUUCGUCGGUAACGACGAGAAAGUCUACAUUUUGGACAAGGCCGAAGGAAAUGCUGCUCAGGUUAACGGGCACCCAGCUUGGGGAGCUGUAUGGGACAUGAACACACAUACCUCGACCAUCAUGGAUGUCAAGACCAACGUCUUCUGCGCGUCAGGCAUGCAUCUUCCCAACGGCUCAUACGUUACCUUCGGUGGUAACGGAGCCAUUGGCCCUGGGGGAAAUAUCGGAUCCGUACCGAACAACAGAGGAUCUGCCGAUUUCGACGCAACGUACCAAGACUUUGACGGGGGUCGCUCGAUACGAGUUCUUAACCCGUGCACAUCAUCAGACAACUUUGCCGACUCGAAAUGUCAAUGGUUUGACGACCCAUCUGUUCUUUCUAUGCAGAAAACCCGCUGGUACUCCGCUGCUGAACCACUUGCAGAUGGAACGGUUGUCCUUAUUGGUGGCUUCGUCAAUGGUGGCUACGUCAACCGCAACUACCCCAACGUCGAUCCUGAGUUUGAAGGCGGCGCUGCUGACUCUACUUAUGAGUUUUUCCCUGCCAACGGCCGUGCUCCUCAGACGAUGCAGUUCAUGAUCCAUACCUCUGGUCUUAACUCUUACGCCCAUACAUUCCUCAUGCCCUCUGGUAAAAUGUUCGUCCAGGCCAACAUAUCUACGGUCAUGUGGGAUUACGACAAUAACGUUGAGACUCCAUUGCCAGACAUGCCAAAGGGAGUCGUUCGUGUUUACCCUGGUUCUGGUGGCGUCGCUAUGCUUCCUCUCACACCCGCAAACAACUACAACCCCACGAUCCUCUUCUGCGGUGGUAACGAUAUGCCGGAUGAAGCUUGGGGCAACUACUCUUACCCUGCUAUCAACACCUUCAACAAGCCGGCCUCCAAGGAUUGUCAACGCAUCACACCUGAGCCUACAGAUGGUUCAUCUGCCACUUAUGUUCAGGACGAUGACAUGCUCGAGUCCCGCACCAUGGGUCAAUUCGUCAUUCUCCCUGAUGGAAAGCUUCUUAUGGUCAAUGGUGGUUUGAACGGCACAGCUGGGUAUGCUGAGCGCACCAACGAGACUCCUACUUACGGACAAAUGCCUUUCGGUAUGUCACUCGCAGCCGGUCCAGUUGGUACUCCCGCUAUCUACGACCCCAAUGCUCCCCUUGGCAAACGUUGGUCUAAUGCUGGUCUUUCGACGUCAAACAUCGCUCGCUUGUACCAUUCGUCAGCGAUCCUCCUUCCGGACGCAUCUGUCCUCAUUGCCGGCUCAAACCCCAACGUUGAUGUCAACCUCACAACCGCUUUCCCUACCGAAUACAGAGCCGAAAUCUUCUAUCCCCCAUACUUUUCUGCUUCAACGCGUCCAGUUCCUUCAGGCGUACCAAAGACCCUCUCGUACGGUGGCGACUCCUUCGACAUCAGUGUCCCUGCCACCUCAUACUCUGGCUCCGCAAACGACGCAGCUGAGAACACUAUCAUCGCUAUUGUUCGUAGCGGGUUUACGACUCACGCGAUGAACAUGGGUCAAAGAUUCCUCCAGCUCAACCACACUUUCACCGUCAACAAUGACGGCUCUAUCACCUACCACGUCGCUCAAGUUCCCCCCAACCCAAAUCUCUUCCAACCUGGACCUGCCUUCCUCCACGUUACCGUCAAUGGCAUCCCUAGCAACGGUUCAUAUGUCAUUGUAGGAAAUGGUCAAGUUGGCGCCCAACCCACUAGCGCGGCAACUGUGCUCCCCGCCAGUGUGCGAGUGGACAGCGCAUCCGGAUCAGCAGAUGGUUCGACAACAGGCACAUCAUCAGGAAGUAACGGUAACAACAACGGCGCCAUCUCGUUUAGCGCUGCGCCCGUCAGCCUUCUCGCCGUCGCCUUCGCAGCAGUGUGGUAUUUCGGUCCGUCUUUCAUAUAA